GCCUUCUUCAGGGGCGCUUUUGCAGAAAACGAGCCAAGAGAUGAAGUUUUGGUUUCAGACUAGACUGAUGGCCUUCGUCAUGCGAGCUUAGAGGAUGUGGAGGUAGAAGACACGAACCUCGGAGUCUCACUGGUAGUAGGAGCGUGGAUUUGGAAGGACAUCUAAGGAUUGUCGUCAAACUAUCCAAUCGUGUGAGUGGACGACGCCUGAAGGGUUUGGAUGGACGAACUCAAUAGAAUCAAGGAGGACAAACCGAGACGCCAAACCAGAACGGAGAGUGGAGAAGCUUAACGUUUCCUAUCACACACCUUUGGCAGGAUGACGAAAAGACCAGCAAUCCUGUCGGGAAUGAAGAUGGUUUUGUUGACUCUGACGAUUCUUGGGGUAAAAGUGGACGCGGCACCCACCGAUUUAGAUUUAGGGUCUCCCUCAGACCUGUCACCUCCAGUCGUCUCCUUCAAGUCUUCAGCCUCAAGUCCGAGUCCACAUGUCAAACUCUGGCUCCUGAACGCCAAAAGGACUCAACCCAGACCAACAGAGGCGCCUCCUAAAACGGCGGGGAGGAGUGUCCAGGCUGCGUUCAGGGGCGUCGGGAGACCUCGAGUCCUCAGGGACGCGGGGAAUCCAGACAACCUGUCCAAGAUGCGGCAGAUGAUCUCGGCUCUGAAGGAAAUGCAGAGGACUCUGAACAGCACCCUGAGCGCACACAUCACCUUCAUGCCCAACGCAAACAGCAGAAGUCCAGGAAGAAAAACUAAAGACAAAGUGCUCCCCGCCGCAGAGGGAGGGGCUAGGCCGACCACGGCGACCCUAUCGGCAGCGUCCAGCACCGCGUCCAGAGCCAGUGCAGACAUCCCGAAUCUGAGCGGCAGGAACUUCAGGAAGUCUGCGUCACCACAAGCCAAGAAGACCAACAAAAGAGUGUGUUUUUGGAAGUACUGCUCCCAGAACUGAGUUCUCCUGCCGCCGCCGACCAUCCGGACGUCUCCUUCCAAGCAUUCAUCCGCCCAGAACUCCACCAGUCCACUUUGUGGGAUUUCCUUUAUCCUGAGUCAGCAAACACUCGUGACUGAUUGACACCAUCCAUCAUCUUUGACCUACCAGUGCUUGGAAACGGUUGCUAUGACGACGCUUGCCAGCCUCGACUUGCACCUUUUUUUCUUUCCAUCCUUAUUUCCUUAACGCGACUCACCAAUCAAAGGCAACGAUGUGUGCUUGGAGCGCAUGAAGAGCCGGCCCACAUUAACCCUCCAUCAGAAGACAAACACAGUGUCCUGUGUGAGUGCCAGCUUUAAAUAAAGAUCACUUCUAACAUUGCAAAUACCUGCAGUGGCUACGGAAGACAGAUGCAGUUUUUCUUCAACUCACCUGUUUGUUAUUGAAACAAAGAUUCAAAAUCUGAAACUUGACUGAUCGAGAAAGACGGUUCUUUCAGAACGAGAAUGUUUGUUCUCUAAAGAAAUAUAUAGGAAAUUUAGAAAAUGUCUGUCCUACAGACGACGGCUGAAUGAGUUCAUGAAUGACUCAAUAAGCUACAGAAGAAACAAAAAUAUAAAGGUAACGAUGAUCUGGUUUACUCUACAGAUUGAGUGACCUCAAGCAUUAAUCAAAACAUUUAAAACUCAUCAUCAGUGACAUGAAUAGAACUGGAAUUUACCUCAUGAGGUUCUUUUAGGUCUUGUUCUCACACUUGUUCUUGGGUCUAGAGAAUGACGCACACCUCAGCAGGUGGACCAGGUGUUUCCUGGACAAGAACAGCUCUAGAUCCAGACUACCAAGUAGUCCAUAGUUCAGGGUCAAAUAGAGUUUCACUGAACUGUGUUCUGUAAUGCAGGUUUAAGGUCUUCAAGAGUCACCACAGUGCUAUAUGACCAACUUUGAGAGAAGAUGACUGGUCCCUGAUAAGUGAAACUAAAGGUCUACAUAAUGUUUUACCAACUGGUAUUUAAGCCGAAGUCUCACCACAUCCUUCUACUG